AUGGGGUACAUUAUAAAUAAUUGGAGUACAAUUUUAAAAGAAAAUCAUUUUGAUCAUAACACGUCUUGUAUUCAUAUAAUUUACUGGUUAUAUGGUAAAAUAAUAGGCAUUGAGCCUGAUGUCACUGAACUUCAGGUUAUUUACAAUAUAUUUGAGAAUUUCUUGAAAGAAAAUUGCUAUAAAGGUGAAAAUAACAAAGAAAUAUUCAUGAAAUAUAUUAAAUCGUAUGAUAUGGAAAUAUUGAAAAAUAAAAAACUUGUGUACGAUUUCUUGGAAUACUAUGAUAGUAUAAAAAAAGUGUUACAUGAAAAUGAAUCGAAAAAUAAUAAGGAAUAUUGCAAUUAUACUAAGUAUAUUUUUAAUUUAUACAAGUAUAUGAAUCAGAAUAAUACUACACACGUUUAUUGUGAAGAAAUAAGAAAAUUUUUAGAAAAAUUUAAGGAUAAUAAUGAAUUAGAUUUCCUAAAAAAUAAAUGUUCUAGUGAAUCACCACAUAUAAAUUUAGAAUAUGUAGUUAAUGAUAAUUGUGAGUUCAG